AUGAGUCAGUUCAACAGCAAUUACAAUGUCGAGCACUGGAAGGCAGCGAAACGCAUAUUGAGGUAUCUAAGCGGUACAAAGAAAUUGGGCCUGUUAUACAAGCAAACAGGCGUGGUCGAUGCAGAUUGGGGAGCGAAUCUAAGCGAUAGGCGCUCCUAUUCAGGGCAGGCGUUCAUACUAUCUGGAGCAGCUGUGUGCUGGGAGGCACGCAAGCAACGUACUGUGGCACUAUCGAGUACUGAGUCGGAGUACCUUGCGAUGUCCGAAGUGGUCAAGGAGGCAUUAUAUCUGAAGACCCUACUAAACAGUGUUGGCAAAGACUGCGCCACG